UUGUGUGUACGGCUGUCAGAUUCCGAGUGUAGUGAGAACAUUUUUAAAUAAAUUUCCAAUUUCUGUACGAUCAUCACUUGCAAUUAUGUUGAAAAAAUGCUUGAAGAUUUGGAUGAAGAUACACAUUUGUGCAUAAAAUGCAGUCAUACCAUAGUCGGUUUGGAAAACUAUGUUCGUCAUAGAAAAAGUCAAUGUAACAAAAGUGUUUCGUCCGCUGCCUCGUUGAACCGUGAAAUCGACACCAAUCAUUCGUAUCGAUCUUUUGAAUUCACUGAACCGCCAUCUGUUAAGCACGAUAAGCAAUUUAACUUUAAUUAUGAGAUUGAAUCCGUACACCCCGACCAUGAAGAUUCACACGAUGUUGUAUCAAAUACAGGCAUACUACCAUCGCCAAUGCAUCAAUCGGAAAAAGCCAGCGAUUACAAAAUCGAUCCAAAUAAAUCGCUUUCCGAAAGUUAUGACUACAACUAUGGUCUGGGUGCUGAUGUGUUCUUCUCUUUGCUCAAUCUGCAGAGUAGCACAAAAUCAAAAACACAAACCGUUGCAACAAAUGUUUCGGCCGAUGGAAGUACUUCUGCAUCUUCAUUAAUAAAAGGCACCGAUAAAAUGUUACAGCGAAAGCAAUCGGAUCCGGGUGGUUUGUCGCACAGUGAGCACAUGGACGAUUGGAUCAAUACUGGUGCAUCGACGAGUGGAACUGAUAAGCUUAUGAAAGCAGUGAAUGCCAUUAGCGGAAAUAAAAAACAUGUCUACGAUUCACCGCAAUACAAUUAUGAGUACACCCAUGGUUCGCCGCCCGACCACAAUUUUGACGAUGACGAUGAUGAAAUCGUUGAAGAUUUAGUUGAAGAUGUGGAAGACAUUCCACCACAUACCGGAGGCAAAUGGAAACCAUCGGAAAGACAUCACCGUUCAAUGCAAUCCGCAUCACGAUGGUACGAACGUUGGGACAUUCCCGAAGAAAAUAAUCAAUUAGCACUAGGUUCAGUGACAACAGGAUCGCAUGAAGAAUUGGUUGACAAUUCAGACGAAUAUAAUCCACCGCCGACUCAUACAAAGGGCAAAUGGGUUCCUGGCACAAAAAUCAUCAAAUUAGAUUACAAGCACAAAGAACGGCACGAUUCAGAAACAUUUUCCGAACAAUUUUGGUGUCGAUCAUGUAAUCGAAAACUUUCGUCAAAAAUCGUUUAUGAACGACAUUUAAAAUCAAAAUUACACACAAAACGCUCUCAACCAGAAAAUGAAUUGGAACAAGUGUCACUGCCAUUGCCGAGCAUUGAACACAUUGUUGGAAAGAAAUCCACGAAUUUUGAAACACAAACAAACCGAAAGCGGAAACGAAAGGAUGAAAUUGCAUACAUCACAGAGCAUUCGUUUGAUGCGAACAAAAAACGUACUCGCAAACGUAAUUACAUCAAAUGUGGUGUGUGUAAAAUGCGAUUACGAACAUUCCUUUACGGCAAGCACCUUAUUAGUCAUUAUCAUUACAGACGAAUGUUUAAAAAUCCAACCGAAUCCUAUGCCACCAUUUUGGAUAAUAUGAAUCGCAUUGUGCUUCAAUCACCUUAUCAAUGUCAGCCAUGUAGAUUCUAUGCAAAUACUGAGGAAAUGUUUUUGCGUCAUUGGGAUUCAAAUGAGCAUUUGGUAACCGUUUCUGAUCUUAAUGGUAGAUUUUGGUGUGCUUUCUGCAAAUUUCAAUGCAUUACUAAUGAUGAAAUGCGCUUACACUUGGUCGGCAUGGAACAUCAGGAAGUAGUAAUGGCAAUUAAUAGGUCGGUACCAAUUAUUUGUCGUAAAAAAUGUUUAAUUCAAUGUGAAAAAUGCAAAGAAGAGUUUUCUUUAAACAUUGAACUACGAAAACAUGCAAUGAACUGCACGGAUUCACGUGCAGUCGGUACGGCAUCAGAUCAAUAUCAAGGAAAGUAUUAUUGCUCCGAUUGCAACGAAUAUUACUGCUCGAUUGUUGCAUUUCAAAAACACACGACAAUUGUUCAUUCAACGAAAUCAUAUUUCUGUGGUCCGUGCGAGCUAUCGUUCAGUGAAUUGGAAGCGGCCAAACGACAUCGUGUCUCUGUUGAACAUAAAGUCAAAGCUGCUCGUAUAAAAGCAAAAAAAUCAUUAAAACGUAAAUGUAUUGUAUGCGGUGAAAUGCAAGAUGACUUACUUCUGCUCAAAGAACAUUUAAAAUUUGUGCAUCCGGAUCACAGUUAUUCGUGUUAUUUUUGUGGACAAAAGUUUAUUUUACCACAAGAGUUAAGUCGGCAUAUACGCGACAAAGUGUGCAAAACGGAUGAUAGAACUCCAAAUGAGGAUAUGUGCCAUGAAAGCGAUAGCUUAAAUCCAAUGUCACUUCUAGAGUUGCCUAUAAUAACUGAUAUUACACAAGACGUUGAAGUGACAAAAUUGGUAGUUGCACAGCAAAAUGAUCAAAUGACGGUCGAUACAUCUGUGACGGUAGAGUCUUUGGUGCCAGAUGAUUAUGUGAUCAUUGAGCAUGGGGCCGAAUUGAAUCUAGACGAAGACCCAAGGGGUGAGGCCGAACAUUCAGUUCUAUGGGGUUGUAAACAAUGUGAUUUUCGAACACAAUACCAGGCCGAAUGUAUAUUUCAUGAAAUGCUGCAUAAGUGGAAUAUAUGUAAUGACAGUAAAAUGCCAUGUCCAAUGUGUAAUCGAACAUUUGGAAAAAAUUCACUUCGAAUGCACCUACGUAUGCAUACGAAUGAACGAAUUUUCAAAUGCGAUCAAUGUGACAUGAAAUUUACUCGCAAAGCCAAUCUAAAAGAGCACAUUCAACGCAUUCAUUUGAAGAUGAAGAAAUCCAAACCGAACAAGCCGUCAUCAACGGCAGCGGCGAAUCGAUUAAAGCAGAAAAGUUCAUCGUCGCCAUACAGUAAUGAACAGCAAUUGUUUGGUUGUUCGAUAUGCGAGAAAAGAUUUCGAAAAAAGAGUUUGCUUGAACAACACAUGCAUUGUCAUCGUGAGAUGAUAACCGUUAGAAGUUUCAAAUGCCCGGAACAAAAUUGCUUAUUUAGCGGACGAAGUGCAGCUGAAUUACGAGUUCAUAAAAGCACCCACUCGAAUGAAAAGAACUAUUGCUGCACCGUGGAAAAUUGUGAUUAUAGAACAAAAACGAACGCAUUACUCAACAGACACAUCAAGUCUCAGCAUCAAACAGAUGUCAUUCAGUUGUUGUGUCCACAUUGUGACUUUCGUACAAAAAUUUCAAGUCAUUUAAAACGGCAUAUUCGCACGCACACCGGUGAGAAACCAUAUCAGUGCCCACAUUGUGAUUAUGUCUCAAAUAAUCCGGAAAAUUUGCGAAAACACGUAAUCAAUACCAAUAAGCACCCAGGUAGAUUCCUCUACGAAUGCAAAUUAUGCACAGAAACAAAUGAAGACCAACCGUUUGCUACAAAUAAUACAAAAGAAUACAAAUGUCAUCUUGUUUCCAUACAUAAUCAAAAGAAAUAA